AUCUCUCUCGUCUCAGCCCAUCGCUUUCCGCCCUCCGCCGUUGCCGAAGACAAUCCGAAUGCACGCUUCUACGUCGAGGGCGAGGUGUACGACGACCCCUGCCGCGUCCAAUUCGUCACUCGAAUCAGCGAUUACAUGUCAGACGGAUAAAUUAGGCACCUACGUCCUCACCAUCGACGGAGAGCAGGAGGAUGAAGUGUGCGAGAUCGCGCUUGUCGAAUCCAGCAACAGUGUGUGCUCCGAAAUCAACAAAGACGCUUUCCUGAGGAGGAGCGCUGGGAUUAGCCUCACCACCAAUAAUGGCAUCAUUAGUCCAGUUCGCGCCGCCAAUCCGCUCGGCUUCAUGAGGAAGACUCCUCUUCCUCUCUGCACGGAUAUGAAGUCCUCAGAGAACUCGGUAUGACCCCCGACGAUCUCAUCUUUUAAACUCCAAUUAAUGGCUUCAUAGACUUGCUUCCAUGCUUUGGAGUAUAAACUGAGCUUUUAGCUCCGUUUAUUAAAAAUAUAUAUAUAUUGUCAUGUUACUGUGCUUUUUGUUUCCACAAAUUCGAAUGAAUUAAUGCAUAUAAGAUUCUUUUUAUGGGCCGCUGUUGUUUCUUUAACAAAAAUGCUGUAAUUAG